UGUUAUUGCUAAACAAGCCGGAACGCAUUUUUGCCCUCAACGCUAGGGCACCGAUUUUGUGUCCGGAAUCCGUUGUUUCCUUGCUUGCUCUUACUUUGCUUACGGCAACAUCUAACUCUAAGGCGCCCUAACAAUCGGUACAGCGGCGAGAACGAGCGCCGUAAACAUAAACUUCAUCCCGAACCCUUUCCCAGAGGCUGGCCGCGUGCACGUGUGUAAUUUUGUAGCUGCCUGCGCCGCACAGGGCCAGCGAAACGAACGAGACCCAAUACUGCCAAAGGAAAUCGGUACCUGUUUCGCACGUACUACAGGAUGAUGUGUAUGGCCACAUUAGCAACAAAACAAGCUCUGUAACGACAAAAGACAAAGGCCCACAGAAUGGAAGAAAGUUUAACUAACACUGUUAGGGAUGAACCCGUCAUCCGGCAGGAUACCACGACGAUGGAGACAGACUGUCCAAAAGAUGAGCAGUGCCCGAUAGUACCCGAGCCGGACAAGAUCCCGACCGUGCCGGAAGUGGCGCAAAAUCAAUCCACACUCGAAGUCCCACCGGAAGCCGACCGAAGCGACGAACCGGACAAAGCAAACGGCACCCUCUCCAAGCGGCAGCGCAAAAAGCUGCUCAAGCUAGAGAACUGGGAGCAGCGGAAAAAGGAAAAGCGCCUGAAGGAGAAGGAAAAGAUGAAGGCGAAGCGGCUGGAAGCGAUCCAGCAGGGGCUGCCGGUGCGCACCGGGCCGAGCCGGAAGGAGCUGAAGCGGCGAAAGGUGAGCUACGCCGAGGCGACGAUCGAGGUCGCCGUCGACCUGAGCUUCGACCAGCUGAUGAUCGACAAGGAUGUGGCCAAGUGCGUGAAGCAGCUGCUGCGCAUGUACACGCUGAACCGGCGCUCGGCCCGCCCGGUGCCGCUGCAUUUCGUCGGGAUCGAGCCGGGCGGUGCGGUCGAGCGGCAUCUCGCCCGCAACGAUGGCUACCGGCACUGGGACGUGCGGUUCAGCAGCGAGCACUUUAUGCAGCUGUUCAAGCCGUCCCGCAUCGUCUACCUGACCAGCGAGUCGGAGCACGUGCUCGAGCGGCUCGAGGAGGGUUGCGUGUACGUGAUCGGCGGGCUGGUCGAUCACAACCAGCACAAGGGCCACUGCUACCAGCUGGCGCAGCAGCACGGCAUCCGGCAUGCCCGGUUGCCGCUCGCCGAGCAUCUGGUGAUCAAGACGCGCACCAUCCUCACGAUCAACCAGGUGUUCGAGAUACUGCUGAACGUGCACAUGGGCAAGGAGUGGCAGCAGACGCUGCUGGACGUGCUGCCGGCCCGCAAGGGCGUCACGCCGAAAACGGUGCCGGUGGCCACGGAGCAUGGUGCGAAAGCGCCGGAGAGUGGCAAUGCGGAGGACUGCCAGGCAACCGCCGAGCAGAGCGGUUGAACAGUUUUGCUGGUUGAAUUGUACAGAAUCAGGUUUUUUCUUCUUAAUAUUUUUAAUAGCCUUUAUAAGUCUCGGUACAUUGCGUAUCUGAGCGAUGGAAAGUUAAAAUAGUUUAAAUUCUUUUAGCAGGAUUAUAAACAAAUGUGUCCUUCUCUGACGUUGCAGUAAAUGCCAUGUUGGUUUUACUCACUUGCUAGUUUUACAUUCGAAAGUAGUGCAUUUAAAUAAGCUUAUUUCAACGCAUUUCGCUCAAUCGAUAAAAAGCAAUGGCAAAUGGAGCCAGAAAAAUGUGCAAUAGAAAGGAAAAACACGUUAGCGAAAGAUAGUUGAUAGACAUUUCACCAACGAAUGGUGCUGUCCAUGUAGCAAUUGGUUUUUGGAGCGCAUGCUGCAUGUAACAGCUCCUUCCCAGCAUAAAUAAUUUGUCAUUAGAAAAACAAAUUUUCAAGAUCUACAAUUACUUACUUAUCCGGCGUUACAACCGCUUUGCGGCGUUGGCCUACCUCAGGAGUGUCCGAAACGCUUAUUUCAUUUAAUGAAAAUUUUCAGAGACAACAGACAACUGUGCUUUACACAAAUAUUCAAACUUUCAAGCCAAUUGGAUACCUUUUAAUCGGUUUAGCCGGGUGCCUGGAAUAGGAUUAAGGGUUGCCGAGAUUCCCGGUCCAAAUCAGAGAUAGUACAGCACAACAGCCGCCAUAAACAUAGUGUCUUGCCUUGCAUAAUGUCAAAUUUUUAAUGUAUGCAGACGAGAUCAAAAUGUAGUUUCCCGUAAAUGAAUCAGCAAACCUUCAGGCGACAUUAGAAUCGUUCAAUGUGUGGUGUAAUCGUAAUGCGUUAAGUCUUUGCGUUGAAAACUGUGUCGUUUUCUCGUGCACGCAUCUCUCUUAUAAGGAAUCUUAUAAGGAACCAUGUCAUCGCUGGACAAGCCUUACAACGCAGUUCUGCAAUAAUCCUGAUGAUCCUGGUGUAAUACUUGACGACAAGCUUUGUUGCACGCAACACUACGAAGGGAUCAAUAGAUGGUCAAACUGAAGCCUAGGAUCCAUUUUUAAAAUUACGAGAGACGGUUCUUUCGAGCCAAUAACGGCAAUGUCCGGCGUAAUGAACAGCAUGUUUGAACCUUUCGACUUUCAUGAGAAUAUCAACAUCAUUUGUUUGUACGAAUUUUAUCAGUUCAAUCAAC